CUGGUUCUCCUCUCCUGUCUCUUCCGCUCUCCUCAGUCUUCAAAGCUCCAACUCGACUUCAGCCGAAUAUAUAAAAGAACAACGUCGAACGUUUUCUUUUUCAUUCUGUUACGGACUAUCUCGUCUCAACCAGCUAAACAGUUUGCCCAGCUGCAGUGAAACAAGAGAGCGAAACAGAACAUUUUUGAACAGAAAACGCAUUUCUCCGACAAGUGAUUCGACGAGUCGUGAUUGACUUUUUGUCACUUUUCGCAGCGUUUUUAGCUGUCAAAGCCGUCAGUGUCCGACUGGACGAAGGACACCAAGCCGUCUCCUAGAGGACGGCCCGCCCGCUGUACUACGCUGUUUGCUUUGCUGCGCCGAUAUCUGUGCUGACAGAUCGUCACUUGGCAAUUUUGCCAAUCACAACUACCUGUUGAAUCAUCCGAAGCAGCAAUGGCAAAGUUCUCCGCUUGUCUGCUGCUCUUGGCGUUGACCGCCCUUGUCAGCUGUUGGGCUGAACCAGAACCUGCCGGCCCCAAUCCGUACAUUGCCGAUCAAGCUGAAGAGAGAACAUGGGGACACCUUCGUUCCGGAGGCAACAGUUACGGCUACAGCGCACCCAAGGCACCCAAGGCUCCCAAAGCAUCUUACGGCGCUCCAAAGGCACCAAAGGCACCAAAGGCUAGCUACGGCGCACCGAAAGCACCAAAGGCUCCAAAAGCCCCAAGGCCCGCAUACGGUGCCCCACCCAAGGCUAAGGCUCCUAAGGCACCCAAGUCUUCUUAUGGAGCUCCUUUAGCCCCUGCUUACGGAGCAGCCCCUCAGCCUACUUACCACGCGCCAGCACCGCAGCCCAUCUAUCACGCUCCUCAGCCGGCCUACGCUGCUCCUCAACCGACUUACGCCGCUCCUCAACCAGCUUACGCUGCUCCUCAGCCAUCGUACGCCGCUCCUCAACCGACUUACGCUGCUCCUCAGCCGGCUUAUCCUGCUCCUGCCCCUGUUUAUGACGCAGCACCGGCUCCCAUCUACAAUCCUGAACCUGUUUACGCAUCGGCUCCGGCUCCCGCUUACGCUCCAGAGCCAUCGUACGCCCAGGCCCCAGCUCCGUCUUACGCACCUGAGCCGUCGUACGCUCCAGCUCCGGCUUACGCUCCAGCUCCAGCACCUUACGCUCCCGAACCAUCUUACGCGCCAGCCCCCGCUCCUUACGUUCCCGAACCAUCGUACGCACCACCAGCUCCGGCUCCUUACGUUCCCGAGCCAUCUUACGCACCAGCUCCCGCACCGGUGUACGCCCCUGAGCCAUCAUACGCUCCAGCCCCAGCCCCGUCUUACGCUCAAGCUCCGGCUUACGCUCCUGAGCCAUCGUACGCCCCAGCUCCAGCUUACGCUCCCGAGCCAUCUUACGCUUCUGCCCCUGCCCCGGUUUAUGACGCUCAACCAGCAUACGCCCCGGCCCCUGCCCCGGUUUAUGACGCUCAACCCAACUACGCUCCGGCUCCCGCUCCAUCUUACGCUCCCGAGCCGACCUACGCUGCUGCCCCAGCCUACCCGGCCGAGCCUUCCUACGCUGCCCAGCCAUCGUACGCUCCUCAGCCACAACAGUCUUACGCUCCUCAAACGUACGCUCCUCAACCGUCUUACCAUCCGGCUCCAGCCUCUUCGUACGGCGCUCCGGCCAAGGCUCCCAAAGCAACUUAUGGCGCUCCGGCUAAAGCUAAGGCUCCCAAGGCACCCAAAGGACAGUACGGCGCUCCAGCCAAGGCCCCCAAAGCAUCUUACGGCGCUCCGGCUAAACCAAAGGCCCCUAAGGCACCCAAAGGACAGUACGGCGCACCUAAAGCUAAGGCUCCCAAGGCACCCAAAGGACAGUAUGGCGCGCCGAAAGCUCCAAAGGCACCCAAGAAACCCAAGGGAACUUAUGGCGCACCCAAGGCUCCUAAGGCACCCAAAUCCUCUUACGGAUCCCCCAAGUUGCCCAAGGCACCCAAGUCCACCUACGGACCCAGCAAAUCCAAAUUCAAGUUGCCCAAGAUCAAGUUGCCCAAGAUCAAGUUCCCCAGCAAGAGCAAGGGUAACCAAUACGAAGUUUUGGACCCACCCUACCCCAGCUACGGUUACGAGGAACAGCCGCAACCCUACCCGAUCACUCUGGUCUACACGCCUGCCCCGGCCUACUCUCAUCAGCCCCAGCAAUCUUACGCUCCUCAGCCACAACAAUCUUACGCUCCCCAACCAUCGUACGCCCCACAGCCGUCUUAUGCCCCAGCUGCCCCUCAGCCAUCUUAUGCUCCUCCUCAGCCAUCAUACGCUCCAGCGGCUCCUCAACCGUCUUACGCUCCUGAACCAUCUUACGCUCCAGCUGCUCCCCAACCGUCUUACGCCCCUGAACCAUCUUACGCACCGGCUGCUCCCCAACCGUCUUACGCCCCUGAACCAUCUUACGCACCGGCUGCUCCCCAACCGUCUUACGCUCCUGAACAAUCUUACGCACCGGCUGCUCCUCAACCAUCGUACGCUCCAGAGCCUUCGUAUGCUGCUCCUCAGCCUUCUUAUGCUGCCCCGGCUCCUCAGCCUUCCUACCCUGCCCCUGCUCCUCAGCCUUCUUACCCUGCCCCUGCUCCUCAACAAUCUUAUGCUCCUGCGCCAGCUGCCGAGCCCGCGUACGCUCCUCAACAGUCUUACGAUGCCCCUGCCCCGUACGAAGCAGCUGCCGCUCCGGCCGUGCCAUCUUACUCUGCCGCACCGGCUCCUGCCCCUGCCGCAAUCCCUGAUCAGGUCUACUCCGCUGCUCCUGCUUCAGAUCCUGUCUACGUUCCAGCUCCGGCUGCAGCCCAGUAUCCCGCUCCUGGCGCUUCCAGCUACUCUGUCGUCCCCGUUGCCCCAUCUCACGAGAACUGCGAAUCAUGCGCCACGAACCCAUGGGUACCACUCGGUGGAACCCCCGUCUAUGGCGUUCGCCCUGAAGAUGUCCGCUCCGCUCCUUCGGCUCCUGAACCAGCCCCAGCUGCAGCUCCCGAAUAUGCUCCUCGCACUCCCGAAUACACGCCGUCAGCUCCCGAAAGCGCUCCCGUUAUCCCUGAGUACAUCGCUCCUGAAUACAAAGUGGCCGCUGCUGACGAAUACGAAGCUCCCGCUGCACCCGAAUACACCCCGCCGGCUCCAGUAGCCGUGUCCUACUCGGCCCCCAUCGCUGUUGAAUACACGGCCCCGGCUUCGUACGAUUCACCUGUCGAAGAAUCGAUCGCCAUUAGCCAGCCAUCCGUUGAUUCCGACGAGUCCUCGGCUCCUUCCGCUGAAUCGUACAACGACCUGGUUUCAGCCUCUCCCACCUGGGCACCGGCCGAAGAAGCACCUCAACCUGCCACGCCCGAAAUCGUUCAAGAACCCGUGCAGGCUUAUUUCAUUCCAGCUGAACCGGUGGCCGUUCCAGCCGUAGAAGUGCCCGCUGCCCAGGAUGAAGAUUACCUUUUGCUGUCUCAACCGGAGAGCACGUCGGCGCCAUUCAUUCCUCUACCUGUUGAUGAGCCUGCCGUCGUGACGGCCGCACCGGAGACUUACACCUACUCCUCUUUCAGCGUGCCGGAGGCAGUUCAGGAGCCAGUCGUUGCUCCAGUCGAAGUGCCAGCCACCGUGCCCGAACAGUACGAGUCCGUCCAGGCCUACGAAGCUCCCGUUGAGGAAGCACCUCAGCAAGUGGCCGUCUUCUUUAGCGCACCCGCCCAACAGGUGGUGUCCGCACCGGCCGUCGAAUACCUACCGCCGUCAGCUGAGACGGACGACUCCAUAGACGUUGACUUCAGACAGGAGACGACUCCCAACGACUACCCAGACGUUGUCGCCGUGCCGGACCCGGUGCCAGUCCCUGCCCAACCGGAAUACUACGGUGAAAGCCAAGUCGUCGAUGAGCCGGCCUACGGUUCACGUAUCACACAACGCUUGCCCGAAGAAACUCAGCCUACUCCGUACAGACCGACAUCGGAAGAAGAAGAGGUACCGGCCCAACGUCAACCCGCCUACGUCUACGCAGUUCCUGAACCCGAGCAGCCGAUCGUUGCUGAACAGCCGUUUGUUCCAUCCCCAAUUUCGACGAUCGACGCAGUCCUUUGGGGUCCCCAGGAGGAGGAUCAACAGGUAUUGCAGGAAUACGUUCCAGCCCGCCAGGAGGAGCAAGUAUCCGUAGAGGAACAGCGAGUGCCGUAUGAGGAAGAGGCUCCCAUUCAAGAUGGAAGCCUCUUGCUCUCGGUCGAACAGGAACUCAGCCAGGAGCCAGAAUAUCAGGAGCCAAUCCGCCAGGUCCAGCCGGAAUACGUGCAGCCCGUUUACGAAGAGCCUGUCCAGGUUCAACCGCAACAACCCGUCGAGAUUUUGCAGGUCCAGCAGAAGGAGCCAGAGAUCCAGCAGGAGGAGCAGUUCAUCGAGCCCGUCCAGAUUCAAGAGGAACCCGAGCAAACGUACCAGGUCUCGCAAGAAUAUCUACCACCUGCCCAGGUUUACCAGCAACAACAACCCGAACCUGAGAUCCAGCGAGAACAAGUUUCAGUCCAGCCGCAAUACGAGCCCGUUCAAACUGUCCAGCAAGAACCCGAGGUCUUCCCCGAAAUUGUGCAAGAAUACGUGGAACCUGUCCAGGUAGUCGAGACUAUCCAGCCCGAGGUGAAAGAGGAGGUCCAACAGGAAUACGUUGAGCCCGUUCAGGUUGUCCAACAACCCGAGCAGACGUACCAAAUCGAACAGGAAUACAUCGAACCCGUCCAGAUCCCCGAUCAGCCCAUUGUGAUCCAGGAAGAACCGCAACAGUCAUACCAGGUAGAACAGGAGAUAGAGAAAGAGGUCGCUCCGAUCCAGGAAGAGCCGGAACAAUCGUACCAAGUGGAACAGGACAUUGAGAAACAAGCCAGCCCGACGUACGAGGAGCCAUUGCAACAGCAGUUCAAUUUCCAGCAGACGAUCGAAGAAUUCGCCAAGAAAAAGACGGUUGACAAUUUGUCCAGCACUCCAGUCCUAUCGGCUAACAAACAAGCGGGUAGAGGCCGUCCCGUUCGACCACGCCCAAUCAUCUUCCAGAGAACGGAAGAGGAUUUGUUCCAGCAAGGUUUCCCCGAAGUGGCCGCACCGGAAGGUGACGACGUCCCUCUGGAAGAGCAAGCCGCCAUCCGCGAGGCCAUCUACGAGCUCAAGAAGGAAAGACGAUCUGGUUAAAAGAAAUGAAAUUGUGUUCGCGCAUACUCUCCUUCGCAAAACUCUUCCAUCCUUUUUUAUUAUCUGACUCUUUCACAGCUCAAUCAAAUCAGUUAGUGGCGAUUGAUCACGGUCAUCACGCCUUUGACUCAAAUGGUUCGCCCCCUCCUCCCCCCCAUUCACGUCAGUGUACAACAACAACAAAAAAGACCAGGACACAUUUAUUUUUUUUUUUUUAAUUUCUCCAUUCGAACACCUCUCGUUUUCCCAUUUGUUUUUCACAGAUGCACAUGCGCAUUCAACAAGAUUUUCUAUUGUUUUUUUUUGCGCAUCAAUAAGGAGUUUUGAAGACGUACUCGCCUGGUGCACGUAUCGUCUGCCCAGCAUCAUCCGGCCGUGCUUCUUUUGUACAUAGAAAAAAAAAAAAUCAAUUCUUUUUCAAUAGCUUCCUGUCCACACAUUUCCAUUGCAAAAUUCUGUUCCAGGACGACUCUUAUUAUUUUUUUUUUUCUUGCCUUGUUUUCUUACCGGC